GACAACUUUUCCUCCCGCUCUCUCUCUAGGCACUACUUCCUUCCUUUGACUUGCUGUACUUCGACUCCGUUCAGACCUGCAAUUAUUCACACUUUUCCUUUUUGGCUUUUGCCAUUCUAUAUGUUCUCUUUACUAGUUCACUCUUCUCAUGUAAAGCAAGACAAGUUUCAGGAUGGCGGGGUUGAGACUCUGUGGAAUUCUUUUUGCUGCAUCAUUUUAUUGCUCUGUGCUCCUUGCAGAUUCACAUAUUACCGAUCCUUCUGAAGUCUCAGCAUUAUUAGCUGUCAAGGGCAGUUUAAUCGAUCGUAGGAAGCAUCUUAAGAGCUGGAAUAAGGGUGAUCCAUGUACAUCAAACUGGACAGGAGUUUUAUGCUUCAAUGCAAGUGGGACUGAUGGAUACUUGCAUGUCCGGGAGCUACAACUUCUGAAUAUGAAUUUGUCUGGAAGUUUAGCACCUGAGCUUGGCCAACUAUCUCAUCUUCAAAUUUUAGAUUUCAUGUGGAAUGAACUAACAGGCACUAUACCGAAGGAGAUAGGAAAUAUUGCAUCUUUAAAACUCCUGCUUUUGAAUGGGAACAGAUUAUCAGGCUCAUUACCUGAUGAGCUUGGGUAUCUCUCAAAUUUAAACAGGCUCCAAGUGGACCAGAACCAGAUAUCAGGACCUAUACCAAAAGCAUUUUCAAACUUGAACAGCAUUAGACAUCUCCACUUGAACAAUAAUUCAAUCAGUGGUCAUAUUCCUUCCGAGCUUUCCAAUUUAUCUACUAUUCUUCAUUUGCUUUUGGAUAACAAUAACCUAUUGGGGUAUCUUCCACCAGAGUUUUCGAACUUUCCAGACUUGCGCAUACUUCAACUUGAUAACAACAAUUUUAUUGGUGCUGAAAUUCCAGCUUCUUAUGGAAACUUGUCAAGAUUAGCGAAAUUAAGUCUCAGAAAUUGCAGCUUGCAAGGAGCUAUCCCUGAUCUCAGCAGCAUACCCAACCUUAGUUAUAUAGAUCUCAGCAGGAAUCAGCUUACUGGUUCUAUACCAUCAAAGAAGCUUUCCUACAGUAUGACGACUAUUUAUUUGUCACAUAACCACCUUAAUGGAUCCAUUCCAGGAAGUUUCUCACUUCUUCCAUCUCUCCAGAAACUGUCACUUGAGAAUAAUCUUUUGAGUGGUUCUGUUGAUGCUAGCAUCUGGCAGAACAAGUCCUUCAGUUCAACUGCUAGACUAAUCCUCGAUCUUCGGAAUAAUUCCCUUUCAAACAUUUCAGGAGAUCUUGAUCCUCCCGUAAAUGUUAGCUUAAGACUUCAGGGAAAUCCUAUCUGCGGCAAUGCAAAUGGAGGAAACAUUGGCCAAUUCUGUGGACUAGAAGCUGGAGGGGAUGACAUGCCUUACAACUUAACAAAUUCAACUGUGAUAUGCCCUAUUCAAGCAUGCCCUGUAGAUAACCAUUUUGAAUAUGUAACAGCAUCACCUGUGCCAUGCUUUUGUGCAUCACCUCUUAGAAUUGGCUAUCGGCUGAAGAGUCCUAGUUUCUCUUACUUCCCUCCAUAUAUGUAUCAAUUCAAGAUGUACCUGACUAGUUCUCUUAAUUUAGACCUUUAUCAACUAUCUAUCGACUCAUUUGUCUGGGAGAAAGGACCUCGUCUGAGAAUGUAUCUGAAGCUUUUUCCUAUGGCUGGUGUUGAACAUUCAAAUACAUUUAAUGAAAGUGAGAUUCUGCGUAUUAGAGGCAUUUUCACAUCAUGGGCAUUUACUGGUAGUGACUUGUUUGGACCUUACGAGCUUCUCAACUUCACUCUUCUGGGACCUUAUUCAUAUGAGAAUUUUGAUGGUCGAGGUAAAACUGUAAGCAAGGGCAUUUUGAUAGCUAUUGUAUUAGCAGCAGUUGCCUGUGCUGUGACAAUUUCUGCUAUAGUGACAGUUCUGAUUACACGAAGGCAUGCUAGAUACCUGCAGAAACUGUCAAGAAGACACCAUUCUUCAAAGACUUCUAUAAAAAUUGAUGGAGUGAAAACCUUCACCUGUAAGGAAAUGGCAGCGGCAACUGACGAUUUCAGCAGCUCAACUCAAGUUGGCCAAGGCGGUUAUGGGAAGGUUUACAGAGGGAUUCUACCUGACAAGACAAUUGUAGCCAUAAAGCGUGCAAAAGAAGGAUCCUUACAGGGUCAAAAGGAAUUCAUGACAGAAAUAGAAAUGUUGUCCAGGUUACAUCACAGAAACCUCGUUUCGUUGGUGGGUUACUGUGACGAAGAAGUGGAGCAGAUGCUGGUUUAUGAGUUCAUGCCUAAUGGCACAUUGCAAGACUGGCUUUCGGCUAAAUCUAAAGAAACACUGAACUUUGGAGUGAGGUUACAUAUUGCACUGGGUUCAGCGAAGGGCAUUCUUUACCUCCAUUCUGAAGCACAUCCACCCAUAUUCCACAGAGACAUCAAAGCCAGCAACAUUCUUCUGGACUCCAAACUGUCUGCUAAAGUUGCUGAUUUUGGACUCUCACGGCUUGCUCCUGUGAUGGAUGAUGACGGGACUGUGCCUAAUCAUGUAUCGACAAUUGUGAAGGGGACACCAGGUUACCUCGAUCCUGAAUACUUCCUGACUCGUAAGUUGACAGACAAAAGUGAUGUCUACAGCCUUGGAGUAGUAUUUUUGGAGAUCUUGACAGGCAUGCAACCAAUAUCACAUGGCAAAAAUAUAGUCCGUGAGGUGAAUUUGGCGCAUCAGUUGGGCACAAUGUUCUCUGUCAUAGACAGCAGAAUGGGUUCGUACCCCUCAGAAUGUGUAGAAAGGUUUGUAGCUUUGGCACUCAGGUGUUGCCACGACAAGCCAGAAGAGAGGCCAUCAAUGCUGGAUGUGGUCAGGGAGCUAGAAAGCAUCCUCCGCAUGAUGCCGGAAACUGGAAUUGACUUGUUAGAAUCAAAAUCCAGAUAUUUCACCGAUGAUGCUGCAUCAUCGUCUUCACUAGCCUAUGCAAGUAGGGACCCAUAUGUAUCAACAGAUGUGUUCGGAAGCAACCUUAUUAGUGGUGUCAGUCCCACCAUCACACCUCGCUGAUAACCCGAGAAAUCAUAUAUAUAUAUAUAUAUAUAUAUACACAUACAUGAAAAAGGAAAACCAAUAGGAAUAUUCUCAUGUGCAUUUGGAAAGUUUAAUGAGUUUUGUUAUUUACUUCCAAGGUAACUUGUGGGCGUAAGAGGAAACUGAUGUAUAUUAGCCAUUGUAUGCUUCUCUUUGUUGUUGGAGCAUGGAAGACAUGAUUCAUGUUAAAAGAGUUUUGUUUUGAACCAGCAAUGAAAAUCAU